AUGCCGGACCCGUCGAAUAGCGCCAUUUCUGACAACAUCUUAGCGCCCAUUUUAGCACCCCAGGCCUCUGACAUCUGCAAGCUCUUAGACACCCUCUACGACCAAUGCAUCGCCGGAAAACCAGACCAGAACCGCAACACCAUCCAGCGCUGGUUCGCUUAUCAUCGUGACCUCAUCAACUCCCUCGAUACCUCCGCCGGCGCCGCCCUCCUCUCGACUCUGCUCCCCGCCAGACGCACCGAUCGCGUGUACUAUAUCCAGGAGACGCGCCUCGAGAAGAUCUUUGCGCGGUCCCAGCGCCUAGGGGCAAGUCGUGUGCGGGAACUCUGUAGAUAUAAAGUGCCGGGGAGUGGUGUAGAUCUUGCCGACUGUAUAUACACUAGUUUGAAGGCAACGCCAAAUCCUACGCGCCGCCCGGUGAGCCUUCUCGAGGUCGACAACCUGCUACAUGCCGUAGCGUCAAGGAUUAGCUCCAGCUGCCUAAAAGUACGCAGAACGGCAACGCAAACGGCUUCUACGCUUACCGAGUCCGAUCGCAAUGAGCUCGAGGCAAUCUAUAUGCUAUUGUCGCCGCUGGAAGCCAAGUGGUUUACGCGUCUCGUCCUAAAAGACUACCGCCCCGUUGAAAUCGACGAAGCUUUGAUUUUCCAAAGUUACCAUUCUCUAUUACCUCGCAUCCUCAAGGUACUGGACAACUUCCCAGCCGCCGUGAAUGUCUUGCAGAAUAUUUUGAAAGCAGAGCGCGCCGAAUAUGGCGACGGCGGUCGUGGGUCUCGCCCGUGGAAUACGCAGGUCGUCCUCCGCCAUCUGAGACCCGUGCUCGGCACCAAGGUUGGAAGACCGUUUUGGCGCAAGGGCCGGAGUAUCAAGCAUUGUCUGGAUAUAGGCCAUGGCUUCAUGAGCGUCGAGAAGAAAGUCGAUGGGGAGUACUGCCAGAUACACAUCGAUCUGAGUAAAGGUCGCGACUGUAUCCAGAUAUUUUCCAAGAGUGGGAAGGAUAGCACGGAUGACAAGGCACGUCUUCAUGGGAGCGAAGAGUCCUCCCCUUCCACAAAAUUCGAAACCACGUCACCAGAUCAGGACGUGCACCCUGGAUAUGCGGAACUCGUUGAAAGACGGAUUCUCGAUUUCAACAAGCCCCAAGCAGCGUCCGACUUACGAAACAUGUUUUCAAAAGCCAUCCAAGCAAGGGAAGAAGGACUGGUCCUAAAACCUGACGAGCCGUUCCUCGACCUAAGUGGCGAGCCCCGGGCCGACUUCACCGGCAGCCCCAUCAAAUUCAAGAAGGAGUACGUCGGCAACUUCGGAGAGAUCGGCGAUUUUGCCGUAGUGGGAGCGCGGUACGACGCUCGGAGGGCCAAAUCCCUGUUGAUCCCCAACCUUGAGUGGACUCACUUUUACCUAGCCUGCAUACACAGCAAGGCCAGCCUCAACAGAGCCAACGACAACAAUACCCUCCCCGAAUAUACCGUCGUCGCAGUGGUAGAGCCAGACGCCCCGCACCUCAAAAUCGUCAAGUCCCACUGCCUCCCCAACCCAGUGCCCUUCAAAGAAAACCGCUCCCUAAAACUCAACAUGCCCGAGGGCAUCUGCGGGGGCAAAAAUCCCACAUUCGUCUUCACGAGACCGCUCAUCUUCGACGUCCGGUGCUUCGCGUUUGAGAAACCCGGAAACGUGGGGUUUCUCACACCGCGGUUCCCCGCCGUCACGAAGGUGCAUUUCGAUCGGGACGUGGAGGAUACGAUGACUUUUGAUGAGUUGCAGGGGGUUGCGGAGAAGGCUAUGGCGGAGCGGCCUUGGGAGGAUGAGGAUAGUCAGGAGUUGUUGGAAUGGGUGAGGAAGUUGGAGAACGCGGAUCCGAAGGGCGUGGCUGUGGAUUGGGUGACGCAGACGACGGCUUCGGAGGCGCCUACGCCAUCGCCAGGGCCGAGGAAGCCGGAGAGAGUAGGCUGCGAAGGUGAGAAAAUGAUGCCGCCAGCACCACCGCCGAGUUCCGAGGGAAGUGGCAGCAGUCAGAAAUCAGCAACGAGCUCCGUCAUAAUAGUAGCAACGACGCCUCCUACGUCGCCGAUAGAUCCCAGGCCCAGUUCACCCUCGAGAUCGCAGGGCGGGGCUGGAGACGGCGGUCGCCAUGUAGCGCCUAAGGGGAAGCGGAAGAUGCAAUCGCCCGACGGAUCUUUGGGGGAUAUCUACGGCAGUUCGCCGCCUGCUAAGCGCCGGGGCAAAUCGCCUGUUUCCAAGGCUUCUCCUUUGCGGGAGUCGCAAAGAGAGCCCCUGGGGGAGAUCUCCAAUUGCAAUGGCUCUCAACACACAAAUAGUUUUCGGGGAUCAUUUACGUCCCACAGCCAGGUAUCGAGUGAGGACCUAUUACAAGAAAACCGGAGGGUACCGCCGGCAACGGAGCCUUCAAGCCCUGCUUCAUUUACGACGGCAAGGGCUACAGCUAGCGCCGUUCCUUCAUCACCGGCCGUACCUCCGGCUUCUACUCCCGUGACCGAGAUUCACAACAAGUGCCCCGAGAUUAUCGAGAUCCCAGACAGUGAGGGCGAAGACGAGGGCAAGGAUAUCUCAAGGGAAAAGCAAAGGGUACAACGCCUCUGCAAGAUCCUAGGCUCAAAUUGCUGGUUCUACAACCGCACCGUCCUCCUCUCCCCCCGCGUAGCCCGCCGAAAAGUCAUCACAGAACGUCUCCUCCCCCGCCACGGCAUCCGCAACUACGUCGCCGACCACGAAGCCUGGCUGCCGGACGACCCGGACAGCCGACCGAAGGACGACGGCGCCACCAGGAUUUGCUUCGUGGACAUGCAGCAUGCGGAGGGGCGAGCGGAGACGAUGGAGUUUCUGGGGAAAAUUGAAGCGAGACCGUUACGGCUUCGCGGGGGCGGGAGGGAGUAUAUUGAGGUGUAUGAUUGGAGAGUUUUGGAGGAGGCGGCGGAUAUGGAGGAGGAAGGGGCUAUUGGGACGGAGGAUGAUUGGGAGGGGAGGAGGGAUCGGUGGCGGCAGUGGAGGGUUGGAUUGGUGUGA